ACUGCGGAAGCGAAGACAACGAGGUUUAGCAGGUUGGAGAAGAUGGAGGACGAUUUGUCACAGGCUUUGAAUUCUUUCAGUCUGGAGGAGAAAGAUGGCAAGAUGGACACUUUUGGGUUGUACGUCGUCACGUGGAAUGUGGCAACAGCUGAGCCUCCUGACGAUGUGAACUCUCUGCUUCAGUUCAACUCCCCGAAGAAACCAGACCUCUAUGUGAUCGGGCUGCAGGAGGUUAAGGCUGCACCUCUCAAGUUUGUCACUGAUUUGGCCUUCGAGGACUCCUGGAGUCACCUCUUCAUGAACACGCUGGCUCCAUUGGGUUUUAUCAAGGUGUCCUCCAUACGGAUGCAAGGUCUGCUUUUACUUUUCUUUUCCAAGCUGGAGCACGUCCCCUUUAUCAGAGACAUUCAGGUCACUUACACCCGCACAGGACUCUAUGGCUACUGGGGGAAUAAAGGAGGUGUGUCCAUCCAUCUGUCCUUCUACGGUCACAUGCUCUGCUUCCUGAACUGUCACCUGACCGCCCACAUGGACUACGCCUCUCAGCGGGUGGAUGAGUUCGAGUAUAUUCUAGAUGCUCAGACCUUUGACACCAAAAACACACCACGCAUUUUGGAUCACAAAGUGGUGUUCUGGUUUGGGGAUUUGAAUUUUCGUAUCGAGGACCACGGGAUGCUCUUUGUAAGAGAGUGCAUCACCAGCCAGCGUUAUAAUCUUCUUUGGCCUAAAGAUCAGCUCACCAUGAUGAAGCAGAAGGAAGCGAGUUUGCAGAAGUUUCAAGAAGGACCUCUAGACUUUCAGCCCACCUUUAAAUUCGAUUUGCACUCAGAUAAUUACGACACAAGGGUACAGAAGACAUGGUUUGGUUUUAAUGGAAAAAAACGCAAGCCUGCGUGGUGUGACAGGAUCCUCUGGAGAGUGAAGCCCAAGUCCUCACUGUCAGAAGACGCUGAUGAAGACGGUCAAAAUCAAGAGGAUCCAAAGAAACAACUGGAGGAGCAACAUAAAGACGAGUUCCCUCUAAAACUGAGCCAGGAGUUUUACACAAGUAAAAUGGAGUACAGCAUCAGCGACCAUAAACCCGUCAUCGGUAUCUUCCGCUUGGAGUUGAGAAAGAUAUACGAGACGCCAUUGGUGCAGGUGUGUGCUGAGGGAGAAUGGAGUGCUGACUUUGAUGCCCUCAUAACCUACAGCCUUCUCCAGUCCUUUCCCUCCAGUGCCUGGGAUUGGAUUGGUUUAUAUAAGGUUGGUUUUAAAAGCGUUUCAGACUAUAUCACAUACACCUGGGUGAAGGAUGACCAGGUGUCUUUCACGGAUGAGCUCUAUCAAGUUUAUGUGAACAAAGAUGAAAUUCCUGUUCUUGGGGGAGAGUGUGUGCUGUGCUAUUACAGCAGCAGCUUGCAGUGGAUUGUGGGUAUUAGUCAACCUUUUAAGGUGCAGGAAUCCAGAGCGGCGAUUGAAGAGGGUUUAGUGCCUGAAAAUAUCAACAAACUAGAUGAAACUGUAGCCAGUUAGGACCAGGUUUAAAUUGUACGUUGGUUUAUACUCUGUCAUAUGCAGCCUAGAUGUCAAACCAAACAUACCUGUGAUUCAAGCAAGUGCAAUUUUAAUCCAAAAUUGAUUUUUACUUGAAUGUGAUGUAGUGUGUGUUUAUUUUAAUUCAAGAAAUAUUAUGAAUUACAGCCAGUUUAUUUUAAAUCGCAGCCAGUUGAUGGGACAGGUCCCAAAUAGAGUGCGUUAUCUUAAUUAAGCAGAUUUAAAUGUAUACUGUAAUUCUUGAAAUCAAUUCUAAAAAGUCUUAAAAAAAAAAAAGGUUGUUACAAAUUAAGAAAAGCAUACCAGUAUUUAAUUUAAUUAAUUAUUUAAUGAAUAAUUUAACACCUCAGCCUUACUAUUACAACAUUCCCUCAAAACAUUUAGUAUACAUUUGUCUUGUAACGUUUUUUUUAUAAACAAAAUGUUUAUUAGUCUACUGUAUUUCAGAAUUUGAGUGUUUAUGGCUACUGUACUUGUUUUCUCAUUCCAUUCAAACCUAUGCAGACAGUUACACUGUCAAGAAAAGUCUGUAUUUGCACAAUUUAAUUGAGUACUUUUAUGGCACGUUUAAUUUGUGAAUCUAUUUAUGUCUAUAACUCAUGCCGAAGUGGUAUUAUAAUAAUAUUUGUGUCUCACUGUAAUUGUGUGUGGAUAAUUAGAUUAGAUUCAACUCUAUUGUCAUUGCACAUGCGAUAAUUGAAGGAUAUGCAGAAAUGACCAAGUGUAUGUUUGUGAUCAGUACAUUUUGAUAUUACUGUCAUGUUAAAUAUAAGCAGACUAUGUGCUUAAACAUAUUUGUCGAA